AUGUGCGAAGCUGUGUUCAUCGCGAGCUCAGAAGCAGAAUCGAAGGCAUAUGACGAGGCUGAUGGCACUGUGGAGGCUCCUGCACUGAAUGGGGGUAUAAACGGCAAGGAGGGGAAUGCAGUCAAGCUGGCAGAGCCGGAGGCUAAGGUCCCAGAAGCGCCCCCUCCCUCAACGGCCGGACUGCCAUUUUCUGCCACCAAUAACAGGCCCGAGGAGAACGGCUUCUAUGGGGCCCCCAUCCCUGCCAACGAGAAGGAGCGGCAUGAGACACUGUGCGCAUGCCAAAUCCUCGACUCGGCCCCAGACCCACGGUUUGAUGACAUCACCAAACUGCUGUGCAGCAUCUUCCGAGUGCCCAUCGCGAUUGUCUCCCUGGUGGACACGGAUCGGCAGUGGUUCAAGAGCGCGCAGGGGCUGCCGGGGGUCACAGAGACCAGCCGAGCCACCUCCUUCUGCGCGUGGACCCUGCUGCCUAAGAACCCCGAGGUGCUCAUUGUCACCGACGCCCUCGAGGACGAACGGUUCAUGGAGAAUCCUCUGGUGACGGGGGCGCCCCACAUCCGCUUCUAUGCUGGAGCACCGCUGGUGACCAGCAACGGCAUGCGGCUGGGCUCGCUGUGCGUCAUCGACAAGGAGCCGCGCCACCUGGACGCCGAGCAGCUCAUGGUGCUGGCCAACUUUGCAGAGGUGGUUGUGCGUGAGAUCGAGAAGGACAUCGCGCGGAAAGAGGAGACGGACCGGCUGCGCAGUCAGACAUCAGGGCUCAUAGGGGCGAUGGACUGCUUCUCAGAGGGCAUCAUGCUGGUCAACACCGACUAUGAGGAGUGGAACAUCCUCUUUGUCAAUGAUGCCUGGUCCAGGGUCACAGGAUUCUCCAGGGAGGAAGGUCUGGGGAAGCCAGUGUUCAAACUCUUUGAGAUCCCCGGCACGAGUCAUGAGGCGGCCAUGGCGCAGUACAGAGGAGUUGUGAAGAAGCACACCAGCUUCACAAUUGACCUCCUUCGGAACACACCGGAUGGCCGCAGCUUUAGAUACGUGACGAACUUCAGGCCUGCUUCAACGGAUGCACUGGACAACAAUAAGCCGAUCGGCAUCCCAGGGUUUGCCGAGUGGCCCUCAGGCCAAGCAGACCAGUACUACUUUGUCACGGUGACAGAGAAGGCGAUGAUGAGCCUGGAGGAGCCGAUGCUGCCAGGGCAGGAGCCCAAGUGGGCUCCCAAGCAGGUGGGGGGCGCUGCCAAGAGGCAUCCCUGGGAGGACGUGGAGCUGGGGCCCCUGAUUGGCCAGGGGUCCUUUGGGAAGGUCUACCGUGGCGUCUGGAAUGGCGCCCCCGUCGCUGUGAAGAUCAUCCACAUGGCAAAUGACUCAUCCAUGAUCCCGGUCGCAAACGACAACGCUGCCGACCCGGACUUUGUGGCGGGCGCUGGCCUUGCCUCGGCCACGCCGUCCUCCACCAUGCGCGGCGCCCUGGAGGCCAUGCACUCCGUCGACCUGGGCCACCCCAACAUCGUGCAGACCUUCAAGUCCACUCAGCGCGCCGUGCAGAGCGGGCAGGAGGGGCGGCAGAGCAUAUCUUCGCCAGACCAGGAGUCAUGUGGGCGGCAAUUCACAGAGACCUGGCUCGUGCUGGAGUACUGUGACAAGGGCAACCUGCAGGAUGCUGUGGACAGGGGGGUCUUCAACCGGCACCGCCCUGAGUCCAUCGAUGGCAGCGCAUCAGGAGCCCUCAAGCACACCUGCAAUGUGACGGCUGUCAGGGAGACUGCUAUGGAGAUUGCCAGCGCUCUUGCGUACCUGCACAACAUCAACAUCUUGCAUGGGGACCUUUCCGGCGGCAACAUACUGCUCACGUCCAGCAGUAAGGACACGAGGAAGUUCACAUGCAAGGUGGCUGACUUUGGGCUCAGCAGGGUGCUGUCGCAAGAGGCCAUCAGCACAGGCACCUUUGGGACGGUGACACACAUGCCGCCAGAGCUGCUGACAACUGGCCGGCUUAGUAAGUCGGUGGAUGUGUAUGCCUUUGGCGUGCUCUUGUGGGAGAUGUGCACCGGCAAGCGGCCCUGGGCGGGACUCAUGCAAAUGCAGGUGAUUUUCCACGUGACGAUCCAGAACAAGUCGCUGGAGUUCCCUCCAACUGUGCCUGAGGAGCUGUCCAGCAUCGGCGCCCAAUGCAUGAGCAAGGACCCGGCCAACCGGCCCACCAUGAAGGAGGUGGUUGCGGCUCUGGAAAAGCUGGAGGUUGCUCAAUGAUUGGUGGGGCUUGUUUGGAGAGAGAAGAGACUGAAGGGCGCGUUCUGCUUGAAUUCACGCUUAGGUGUUCGGGUUUGCAACAACUUCGUCGGGACGUGAGAGGGAUUUUUCAAGGGCACCUUUGGUUCUGCGAGCUUGUUUUGAUCUUCAAGCUGUUGUGCAUGUGAUUGUCCGAUUGGCAAGUUGGAAUCAGGAAAUCCGUUCUAUGGGGAGGGGCUCACUCACCAGGACUCACCUUCAGCUUUGCCUGAAGCUGCGCUGCAUGCAGCCUGCAGGACCCCUGUCAGACCAACUUUACACGGAUUUUGCUUUUUGCUCGACAAGAAUGCAGACAUGCCACUUGGCCCGUUGGCUGCCUGGCUCCUGGUUUGAACUCCCACAAAAGGAAAACCACAUCCAGGGCCUGACAGCCAGGAUCCAAGCUCCACAAGUGAGCAUCCAGUGCUGCCGUUGAUCACUUCUGGUUAAUUUGCUGAAUUGACGUGUCAGGUUCGGAUGCCUCACUAGCACUGCAUCAAGGAAUGAAGAUUUGAGGUGAUUGAUUGGAUCCCCAAAUUUGACAACAGCUAUACAAGGGCACACAAGCUUUAGUGAUCAGCUUGCUGGCCAAUUUCCGGCCAGACCCCCUUAAGAGACCAGUUAAUUCUGCAAGUUUGACAUUUUGAUAGCGUCAUCGUGCAGCGGCUGCAGUAUAUACAUUCAUGGGUGCUGCGCAGUAUGCCAAUGUCAUGGGAACCAUUGCUUUGUAAGGCCACCUAUGCAGUC